CACUGUAAACCGAAAAAUAGCACCAUUGGCAGCUCUGCUUGGGUGCCAAGAGAGGGAAAGCCGCUAUGUGAACGAAUCUCAUCUGCUUGUUUUCUCUCGUCUUUUUUCUUGUCAGUUUCCAGAACCCCUUUGCAUAAGCAUAUCUAGCUGUCAAUGGAUUUUGGGCUUUACAAAGAGGACAGUGCACCGCUGUCAUGGAGCAACGUGGGCAUAGCGGCACUGAUGCUGGUUAUUACUGUGGCCAUCUCGCGGGUCCUGCGCCUGAAUCUCGAGAAGCAGAUUGUAGUGGCAGCGGCACGGUGCGUGGCACAGCUCACGGUGCUCGGUCUGAUUCUGAAGAGCGUGUUCAGCUCGAGCAGCGCGCUCUACGUACUCGGUCUGGCCGCGCUGCUGGGCGGGCUUGCGGCGGUGGAGGUGACGCAGUGGCGGGCGAAGCGCGUUGUGCGCGGGAUGCUGCCGAUUGCCUUUGUGUGUAUAUUCGGCAGCUCGAUGCUGGUGGCGCUGCUGGGCGGCAUGUAUGCAAUGAACUUUGACCCACCGUACGUGGCCAGCAAGUUCAUUCCGAUUCUGGGCAUGCUGCUGGGGAACACCAUGGUGGGCGUUGCGCUGGGCAUGGAGUCAGUGCUGGGGGCGCUGGACACGAAGCGGGACAUGGUCGAAACGAUGCUGUGCUUUGGCGCGUCGCGGUGGGAGGUCGUCCGGCCGCUGGUUGUGGAGGCUACGCGCAGCGCGAUGAUCCCAACGAUCACCAUGGUCAGUAUCACUGGGCUUAUUUCGAUUCCUGGGAUGAUGAGCGGGCAGAUUCUGGGUGGCGCGGACGUGCUGGAUGCAGCCAGGUACCAGCAGGUGAUCAUGUUUAUGAUAGCAGCGAGCACAUCGCUUGGGGUGGUUCUGGCAACGAUCGCGAUUGCCUACAUAGUCGUGGAUGCCGAACCCAAGCUGCGCACCGAGAAGGUGGGUUUGGUUGCGCAGGCGGCAAAGCCGAGUGGCGGUGCUGUGCGUGUUUCAAUGAGCCAGCGGCACCCGAAGAAGCAGUUCAAGCCGUGGGUGCGGACGUAAAGCCAGCUUCUUUUCCCUUGGAUGUGUGGUGCAUGCCGCUUCUCCCCACCUGCAUGAGAAAAACGGCAGGCGUGGAUCAAAGCCCGAUUGUUAGCGAGCGAGCAGGCGGGUGCUAGAAAUAGUGACACAGCAGAGGGGGUUGUGCUUUUCGGUGCUUUUGCCAAGAGGCACAAAAAAGAGGGCUGCGUUGCGCUACUAGUAAACAAGAGCCCGCGCUGCGAG